AAGGAUGCCAUAGAAAACAAAAAUUAGAAAAAAAAAACUAAUGAAAAAUUAAGUUAAUUUUCCGAAAUUAAAAAUUAUAAUCAAAAAUAGUGAAGUAAAAUGGAUAAAACUCUAUUAUAAGCUCCAGGGAUGCGCAUCGAUUGCGAUGAUGCAACGAGAUGAUAAGUUGUACCCUGCAUGUUGUGUUUGAAGUGUAGAACUGGUACCGUGACUAUAUUGUUGGCAUUGUUUGCCAUAAGGUUCAGCUAACGACAACCGUGCUUUCCUUCCCGUAUGGCUGCGUAUGUUAACCGUACGAUAUCAAUGAUGGCUGGCGAUGGGCCCCAUAACAUUGCAACACUCAACAAUGGGGCUGUGCGCGUGAACAUGUCGAAUGUGGACUCGCCAUUGCAGAUAUUCGUACGGGCAAAGAAGAAAAUCAAUGAUAUAUUCGUCGAAAUUGAUGACUAUGUCAAAGAUGCAGUCACUUUUAUGCAUGCGGUGUCCGGCGAGAAUGGCAUCGCGUCGGCACAAGAUGUGGCCAAUGUUGAAGGCUACGUCAACAAGGUACAAGCCAUACGGGAAGUGCUUAAGCGAGAUCACAUGAAAGUUGCCUUUUUCGGCAGGACAAGCAACGGCAAGAGCACAGUGAUAAACGCUAUGCUGCACGACAAGAUCCUGCCGAGCGGCAUCGGGCACACCACCAACUGCUUCCUGCAGGUGGAGGGCUCCGACACCGACGAGGCCUUCCUCCGCACCGAGGGCUCCGAGGAGAAACUUAAUGUCCAGUCGGUGAGCCAGCUGGGGCACGCCCUAUGCGCGUCACGGCUGCAGGAGUGCUCGUUGGUGCACGUGUACUGGCCGCGCGAGCUGUGCGCGCUGCUGCGGGACGACGUGGUGCUCGUGGACAGCCCCGGGGUCGACGUGACGCCCAAUCUGGACGAGUGGAUCGACCAGUACUGCCUCGACGCUGAUGUCUUCGUGCUUGUCGCCAAUGCUGAGUCCACACUCAUGGUCACUGAAAAGAACUUUUUCCACAAAGUGUCGACCAAAAUAUCGCAACCGAAUAUUUUUAUAUUGAAUAAUCGAUGGGACGCUUCCGCGUCCGAGCCUGAAUACUUGGAUCAAGUGCGCACGCAGCACGCAAACCGCUGCGUAGACUUCCUGUCGCGCGAGCUGCGUGUGUGCACGCCCAAGGAGGCCGAGGAGCGCAUCUUCUUCAUCUCGGCCAAGGAGGCGCUGCUGACGCGCAUGCGCGAGAGGGAGAAGCCUGUUUCCUCGCCGAUCCUGGUGGAAGGGCACCAGGUGCGCUACUUCGAGUUCGUGGACUUCGAGCGCAAGUUCGAGGAGUGCAUCAGCCAGUCGGCCGUGCGCACCAAGUUCGCGCAGCACUCGCGCCGCGGCCGCAACAUCGCCGCUGACGUCAUGCAGGCGCUCGAGCAGGUUUACAACACAGCGACAGAUCAGAAACUGGCGAAGGUGGAGAAACAACGCGUGCUGCACGAACAGCUGACCGCCAUAGAGGAGCAGCUCACCACCAUCACGCGCCAGAUGAAGGACAAGAUCAACCGCAUGGUCGAGAGCGUCGAGCACAAGGUAUCCCUAACCCUGUCGCAAGAGAUCAGGCGGCUGUCGGCGCUGGUGGACGAGUACGACACUCCGUUCCGGCCGGAGCGCGCGGCGCUGGAGGCGUACAAGCGGGCGCUGCACCGGCACGUGGAGGCCGGCCUGGGCUCGCGGCUCAAGAAGCGGCUGUCCUCCGACAUCGGCCACGAGAUGGACGAGGCGCAGAAGGAGAUGGCCGAGCGCAUGUACAACAUCCUGCCGCUGCACAAGCGCGCGGCGGCGGCCAGCUACAUCGUGCCGCACCAGCAGCCCUUCGAGGUGCUGUACCGGCUCAACUGCGACAACCUGUGCGCCGACUUCACCGAGGACCUCUCCUUCCGCUUCUCGUACGGGCUCACCGCGCUCAUACAGCGCUUCCACGGGAAGAACUCCAACAAGAUCGCGCUCAAGAACCCGCCGCAGUACACACAGAUCCCGCCGUCAGUGAGCUCGAUCCCGUCGUCGAUGGAGGUGUCCCGGCCGGCCAGCAACGGCCCGGCAGCGCUGGCCUUCAGCUCGGAGGAGUGGUCCCUGCUGUCCAAGUUCGCGCUCGGGGCGCUCACCUCGCAGGGCACCAUGGGGGGACUACUGCUCUCUGGACUGUUGCUGAAGACAGUAGGGUGGCGCAUAGUGGCGGUGACGGGCGUGCUGUACGGCGCCCUGUACGCGUACGAGCGGCUGACGUGGACGGCCAAGGCGCAGGAGCGCGUGUUCAAGAAGCAGUACGUGGCGCACGCCAGCAAGAAGCUGCGGCUCAUCGUCGACCUCACCUCCGCCAACUGCAGCCAUCAAGUGCAACAGGAGCUGUCGACAAUGUUCGCGCGUCUGUGCCGCCUCAUCGACGAGGCGACCACGGAGAUGGACUCGGAGCUGUGCGAGGUGAAGGAGGCCAUCAAGAUGCUGGAGGAGGCCUCCUCGUCCGCCAAGAAGCUGCGCAACAAGGCAAACUACCUGUGCCACGAGCUCGAGCUCUUCGACGACGCCUUCCUCAAGCAACACUAGGUAUCGAUCGUCUUCGAUUGUCUGGUUGUUUGUACGACGAGGUGUCCCCUCUGUCCGGUUUGUGCGUCUCGCUUGUUACGUUUCUCUCGCGAGCUCGAUUCUGCUAUCUGUUGCACACCAUCGGCCCUAAGCCUUGCAAAAUUUUAACCCGUCUAUUUCAAAGACUUAUAUACUUCGUAAACAAGACUGUGAAAAAGGUUUUUGUCAAAUUCAAAUUUAAACUAUACUACCUAGAGUGUAAAGUUGGUAUAGCUAUGGUGUGGUCAAACGAGCCACGUGAGAGAUCAGUUGAUCUGAGUGUGUCCUUGUCUAUCGACUUCUCUACUCGUUCGGGUAACACUGGGUACAUCGUUAUUAACACGUUGAACGCUAUGACGGACACCAUAUGCCCGCCGAUGGACUUACCCCUGGGGCCACGCCAAAAAUGUGACAAUUGUCCAAAUAUCGUAGAGACUUUUAUAUUGUCUGGAAAUAACUAAAAAAUAAUAGGCAGCUUAAGGAAAACACGAUUUACUUACUCAUUAUUUUCCGAAAUGUCAAACACCAAUGUCUACCAUUUGACAUCUGUGCCGCAACUUACUCGGCUAGACCAUGAAUUUUAGUCUGGCGUUCAACGUGUUAAUAGAGUGGAGUAUAGAAAGGGCACCGUGCCAGUCCUCUCUCGCUUGGCCAGUUUUUGUACCAGAGUUCACCGUCUAGUUUACGAAGUUAUAAUGUCUUUGGUAUAUUUACGUUAUAUGAGCUCAAACGACAGCAGCUACAUCUUACAUGUAGCAGAAUUAGCCAGCAGUAGAUUGAAAUAACGAAGUUUGUAUUCGUUACAUAAUCUAUAGGCCGUAGUUACUAACGCGUAGGGAAAGGCUGCGUUUCUAUAGACGCGGAACUGUGCAGGAAUCGACCAAUCACCGUGAGGGAGAGAGUGACAGAGCGUCUUCGUUUUUCGCUCUCUCGAACGCUGUGAUUGGUCAAAUCCGCACAUCUCCGCUCUUAUAAGCGUCAGUGGAAACCCAGCCUAAGUAAUAGCGCUUGCCGUGUGCGAUAUAUACAACUCCCUAACGUGCAUAAAGGGUGGCCUGUGAGUCCAAAAGAAAGCUCAGAGAUGCGUGGGUACUUUGUUCAUCUUGCGAUGGAUGUAUCUCUAACUACUCCAAUUGAAAUAUAGUCAUGAGCUUAUGUUAUGAGUCUAUGCGGAUAAUAGACCCUAGUAAUCCCGUUUACAUAGGGUCCGCUUGCCUAACCUGAAGAUUUGACAGGUCCGGUUUUUUAUACAAGCUACUGCCUGUCUGGCCUUCUAACCCAAAAGGCCCAACCCAAUGCAGGUUAGGUCAGGUACCGCAUUUCUCUGGAAUAGGGACGGCCCGCUGUCUGCGUUAUUAUUAUUAUAAGGACUAGCUUUUUCAGAAGGGCCAGACCUCAAUUAAUCGUCUGUCGGGCCACAAAUCCACGGUAAGCUGUGGGUACGUAUUUCACCUUGCGAUGAAUGUACAGUCAUGAGUAUUAUCAUGUACCCACUAUAUAACCCUGGCGAAUUAACUUAUUUGACAGUUAAUGAGACUUACAGUUAAAUUUGUCAAAAAAGUAAAUGUGACAUGGUAUCAAAGUGUAUAUUAGUACUAGUAACUGUAACUCUGACUACCGGGAAAUAGUCGCGAACUUGUUUUGGAACGCAGAUCUCGAUCAGACGCAAUGUAAAAUCUUAUCAUGUCUGCUGUCUGCACAGAUGAGAGGUUAAUAAAUCUACUGCGGCCAUGUUCCGUAGCCUACGAUAAGUUUUAUAAUAAGCACAGCGUUAUUUCAAUCGACUGCUUGAACCCGUAGACAUGACAAUCUGUAGGGUGGUUUGAUCGUUUACGCCCGUAUCUGGAAGGUAAAUAUGUACAUUGUAUUCAAACUUCAACUCGUGUUGAAUGUACCUCUGUAAAAUAGAAACUUUUGUUAUCGUUUUAAAAGUUAUUUAUCAGCUUUACGUGUUAUUUACUCAAUGAAAUCGCGUAGACUAAUGUCUUAAAACUUGUUGAAAUGUUUGACAUUUAGCUUGUUAUGAAUUUAUUUUUCCCCGGUUCGAUGGUUCCUCGGCACUUUUUAUUUUUUAGUGUUUACCUUCCCAAACCAAAUACUAUCUAGGUGCUACCAAGGAAUAUUGUACAUAAGAACAAAAUAUAAUUAUGUAACCAACAUCUGAAUUGGGAAUAAAUGUCUAUAGGUAAUUAAUGUAUGGAAAAUUGUUAUCGUAUUUAAAGUUAACUGAUAUCUUAUGAAAACUUUAUACUCUUGUUUUUUUUUCAGUAUUUGUGUUUAGUCAUUCAUACAUAAAUGGAUACGCUUUAUUCCCGAUGUUAGCUUAUUGAGUCGCGUCAAAGGAGAUUGGUACACCAUAUUAACGAUUUUGCAACGAAUCAGCUAAUUCCACCUAAAUUAUCUUUUAUAGACCUUAUUUUGACGCGUCCUUUGCUUGUGAUUAUAAACAUAAAUGAAUCGAUGUAGUUAUCUCAACGAUAUAGUUACCAGACACGACAUUCGCGGUAAACAGGUGUGGCGCCGCGCAGCUCUUACGACACUGCGAUCGAUCGAAUUUGUUUACUAGCUCUAGAAUUAAAUUGUGUACGUUUAGAACAUCGUAUCUAGAACCAACGUAUUGAAUUACUAUGGUAUAAUCGCGAAAAUAUAUGGUAGAAUAGAACACUUACUAAAGGGAUAAUUUCUGAAGUUUUAGUAACCAUCUAUACUAUGCUGUUACGUCGCAAAAACAAAUUUUGUUACAAAAGACAAUCGCCAAUAUUGUAACAGAGUAUAUCUAUUUUUAUAUCAGCAUUUUUCGUAUGUUUUCUAUUCUAUCCAAUAUAUAGACAAAUGACAAAUUAAUCAGCGAUUUCAUGAUUACUUUUCCUUUGAGAAAUUCUUUCCACUAUGGAAGGACAAUGGCGCCACGAACUUAACCUAAUUUCAGUUUGACAGCUUCUAAACUAGUGCCGUCCUGCACUUACAAUAAGUGCAAGAAAGGGAUAGAGUUAGUUUUAGUCCUGUCAAAUUAAGUUUUAAGUUGGUGGUUGCCCGAAUAGGCACCAUUAGCUGUCCCACGGAGUAGCUGGAUGUUUUUAUUAAGUUUUAAUUUAUUUUACAUGUAGUUGAGGGAACGGUUAUGGCAGCAGAAGAUACAAGGAUUACAGGAACCAAACCCGCUCUUAGUUCUACCAUAUUUCCAAUUAAAUUAAAGCAUUUUAGCUUUUAAUAUGGUUAUAAUAUGUAGCACAUCAAAUGCAUUUUUAAGGUCACAACAAGAGGCCUUCAGACCGUCAUUUCCUUUUUUGUAUCACGUUUAUAUGAAUUUUAUUAGGAACUUUGAUAGGAAAAGUAGGUGUAAGGGAAUAUUGGACGGUCGCGUAAACUUAUUUGAGCAAUUGUCACUAACUUUGGAAAAUAAGUACAUUUGAUACACUCAAGCAUUAAAAUAAUUGUUCGGGUUUUUAUACCUUCUGCGAUAUAGCAUGGCGCGUAGGCCAACUGUCGGAAUAGCAAUAUUGCCCUAGUUGGUCUCUUGCGCACGAUAGUCGGUUGUACUUGUUCUCCUGUCAUACGCCCCAUGCUAGAGCGCAAGCGCAAUGUAUAACAGUCCAAUAUUCAAAGGCCUUGUCAUAUUUAUCAAUAGGAAGGUAAAGCAUGCAUACAUGACGCUAAGUUGGGAGCCAUGCAACCGUUUGAUAUUAGAUAGUUUUGUUGUCCAAUGUAAUUAGUUAACGCGUAAUUAGGAGAAUUUCAUAUGUAAAUAAAACAAUAAAGGAUUCCUUUAUAGAAA